CGUUCUUAGCCUGUUCCAUUCAGUCCGUCACCAUUAACCCGACAGUCACGGCGAGUUCAUAUUCCGAGAUGGGGUUGACGAGGUGUGGAAAUUUUCUCAAAUAUUCCAUGUUCAUAUUCAACUUCCUCAUAUUAAUAUGUGGUUGUGUAUUACUGGGCAUUGGUAUCUACACACGCGCCAAUGACACGCCAGCCUGCAUCACAUCUUUAGGCAGCAACUUGUUUUUGCCUGUUGCUUUCAUGCUUAUAACCCUGGGCAGCAUUGUCAUCAUACUGUCAUUCCUCGGAUGUUGCGGGGCAAUCAAAGAGGUUCGCUGUAUGCUUGCAACGUUUUUCGCGUUGCUCCUUUUAAUGCUGAUUGUCUUGAUGAUUGGAGGAAUAAUAGCGUACGUUUUUCGGGGAGAGUUUGGUAUCAAAAACUACUUCAGACACCACUUAUAUUCGUCUCUCAAUGAUUCGUAUGGAGAAAAUGACAGAGAAACUCGUGCAUGGAAUUGUAUGCAGAGUGCGCUCGAGUGCUGCGGAGUAGAGGGUGGCAUAAACUCAACCAAUUCAUGGGCUUAUUACAAGCGAAAUACUGUAUGGUUCCUUAACCAAACGGCAGCACGCCGUCCUUACAGAGAAUAUCACCGCUAUGACAAAAUCAAAUAUAUACCAGAUAGCUGCUGUCAAAAGAAGGCCAAUUUAACUCGUUGCACAGGAGGACUUGAAAAAGAUAUGGCUCCAUAUUUAGGACCGCCAGUACUGCCACAUCAAUAUAACGAUCAAAUGUACGGCAAGGGCUGCUUCUCUGCUAUUUCUGAUCUUUUCUACACUUAUCUAAACGCUUUAGGUGGAGCAGCUUGUGGCGUUGCUUUGUUGAUGGUGGAAAUUAUUCGGUAG